AUGGCCGCGGCGGACGGUCGGGUCAGGGCGCGCGGGCCCGUGCCGUGGCUGCUGCCCGCGUGGGGCGGGGCCGCGAACGCGCGCUCACGCCGGCGCGUGCUCGCAGACCCGGGCGGCGCCGAGGCCGUGCGCCCAGCCCGCCGGUGUCCCACGUGGACCGGCGCGCCCGGCUCCCCCGGGAGGCUCCCGCGCAGCCGGGCUGGUGAACGCAGGUCUUCCGGGGCCUCCGGCCUUACCGUGGCCGCAGACCAAGGAUGCACCGUGGCCCCCGAAGGAAGCUCGGUGGAGGGCAGCCCUUCUCACGGAGCCCCCUUGGCCACCACUGAGGGCCCCGAGGACAACAUGGCUCCAGCUGAGGGCCUGCCUGGCCCCCUCCCCCAGGAUGCCCGCCAGGGGGCCCUGUCCUGCUCUUCAUCAGUCUUAGACUUGAGUCAGAGCGGCCUGCGCCAUCUGGGGGAACUGCUCAGGGUCCCCAGCCUCCAGCAACUACACCUGCAGAGGAAUGCCUUGUGUGCCAUCCCCAAGGACUUCUUCCAGCUGCUGCCCAACCUCACCUGGUUAGACCUCCGGUACAACAGGAUCAAGGCGCUGCCCUCUGGGAUCGGAGCUCACAGGCACCUGCGAACUCUGCUCUUAGAGAACAACCCCAUCAAAGCGCUCCCUGCGGAACUGGGGAACGUGGUGACACUGAAGGCACUGAACCUGAGGCAUUGCCCGCUCGAGUUCCCUCCUCAGCUCAUCGUGCAGAAGGGGCUGGUGGCCAUCCUGAGCUUUCUGCGGAUCUGCGCCACGGAGCACUCCUGCCCCCACGAGGCGGUGUCCCGAGAAAGUUCACCUGAGAUAGCGGCUCAGCCCAAGGAGCCUGCGGGCCCCACGUGGGACUUGCCAGGACACCACACCAUCUUGCUGCAGGGCCCAGGGGCAACCAUCUUCCCCACCGUGGAGAAGCUAGAGCUCGACCUACUCAACAGGCCAGACUCGGCCCCGCACGUGCCCAGUGAGGCAGAGCUCCGGCGCUUCUGGAAGGUGAGGCAGGAGAUUGUGGGGUGCCAGGGAGCAGACGUGCUCGCCCACCAGCUGCUGUCCCUACAGCUGCCCCCACACGUCCAGGCCGUGCUGGACAGCAAGACGGAGGGCCAGGCCCAGCCCAAGACCAGGAGCACCCUGCCGGGCCUGGUGCCACCACGCCGGGCAGAGGUGGGAGGCCAGCGGAGGGAAGUGAGCCGGGCGGUAGCCCUGGCAGAGCUGCGGGAGCGGCAGGUCCUGCUGGAGCAGCAGCGUGCAAGAGACAAGAAGGUGCUGCAGGAGUGGAGAGCGCGUGCCCGGGUGCUGCCACGUGACAGGGUCAGCCAGCUGCUGGCCUCACAGAGGAGCCUGGUCCCGUCCAAGAUCCCCCCGGCUUCAGAUCUAGUCGAUUACGGGAGGACACUGAAUCCACUCGGGAGGCUGCGACAAGGAAAAGUGCGGGCACCACAGGCAGCCGAGGGGCCCAGCGCCUUCCGAGGGAGGGACCUGGAAGCCAGGAUCAAGCAGCACACACUGCAGGCACGGAAGCUGCAGGACGAGGUGCUGAAGCUGAAGCUGGGCUCCACCUUGGAUAAAGACCACCGGCUCACCUCAUUCCUGGGAAGCCUUUCCCUGCCCCCUGCAGCUUCACAGCCUCAAAAUGUAUUUUUUAACAUGAAGUAUGGAGAAUCAGGAAACGGAUACAGAUACUAG